CGGGGCCGAGUUUGACCUUCGCCGCUACGCUUUCGCCGCGAAGGUGGCUUUUGCGCGGACUCUAACAUACACCAUAGCAGUAGAAAUACACCUCCUCACAGUUGUAUUGAGAGGCUACAUUAGCACAUGGUGGAACAAGGGGGCACUUAGGUCAGGGAAUUUUCUACGGGGUGCGGAGUAAGGAAAAGGUGGCGGGCGAAUCGGCUGAAGCGGAUUUGCUGGCGGAUUUGCAGUCAGUAGGUCAGCUGACGUUCCCAGGGCCCCGGCUUCUUGACAGGUCCCUGAGUGCGGACCCUUCCGACUUCAGAACUUGGGGAGCUGAGUCCAGAGUUCUAUAGAUAUCCUGCCAAAGAAGAUGAAGAAAAACAGAGAAAGAUUCUGCAACCGAGAGAGGGAGUUUGUCUAUAAAUUCAAAAUAGGAAGUCAGUGCUUAGAACUGAGGGUGCCCCUCCAAUUUCCUGUUCAAGAGAAUGUCAGUUACUUACAUGGACGCCUGAUGCUGCUGCACAGUUUGCCAUGCUUUAUAGAAAAAGACUUAAAAGAAGCUCUGAUCCGGUUUAUAGAAGAAGAAUCCCUCAGAGAUUAUGAUAGAGAGGCUGAAGCAUCGCUGGAAGCUGUGAAAUCAGGUGAAGUAGAUUUAGAUCAUCUGGCAAGUACAUGGGCCAAAGCUUAUGCUGAGACCACAUUGGAGCACGCAAGGCCUGAAGAACCCAGUUGGGAUGAAGAUUUUGCAGAUGUGUACCAUGACCUAAUUCAUUCUCCUGCCUCUGAAACGCUCCUAAAUUUGGAACAUAAUUAUUUUGUUAGUAUCUCAGAACUGAUUGGUGAAAGAGACGUGGAACUGAAAAAAUUACGAGAGAGACAAGGUAUUGAAAUGGAAAAAGUGAUGCAGGAGUUGGGAAAAUCACUGACAGAUCAAGAUGUAAAUUCACUGGCUGCUCAGCAUUUUGAAUCCCAGCAAGACUUAGAAAAUAAAUGGUCAAAUGAAUUAAAACAAUCAACUGCCAUCCAAAAACAAGAGUAUCAGGAAUGGGUGAUCAAACUUCAUCAGGACCUAAAAAACCCCAACAACAGUUCCCUCAGUGAAGAAAUUAAAGUUCAACCAAGUCAGUUCAGAGAAUCAGUAGAACCAAAUGGAAGGAUUUAUGAGGAACAGAGAAAGUUAGAAGAAAGUUUUACCAUUCACUUAGGUGCUCAGUUGAAGACCAUGCAUAAUUUGAGAUUGCUGAGAGCAGAUAUGCUGGAUUUCUGUAAGCACAAAAGAAAUCAUCGAAGUGGUGUGAAACUUCAUCGACUCCAGACAGCUCUGUCACUUUAUUCCACAUCGCUCUGUGGCCUGGUUUUACUAGUAGAUAAUAGAAUUAAUUCAUAUAGUGGUAUUAAAAGAGAUUUUGCCACAGUUUGCCAAGAGUGCACUGACUUUCAUUUUCCUCGAAUUGAAGAACAACUGGAAGUUGUCCAGCAGGUGGUACUUUAUGCUAGAACCCAGCGCAGGAGUAAGUUGAAAGAAUCACAUGAUUCUGGAAACCGAAAUGGAGGAAGUGAAGAUAAGUCUAAAAAUGCUGAUAGAAACUAUUUAAAUAUUUUACCUGGAGAAUUUUACAUUACAAGGCAUUCUAAUCUCUCAGAAAUCCAUGUUGCUUUUCAUCUUUGUGUGGAUGACAAUGUGAAAUCUGGAAACAUCACUGCUCGCGAUCCUGCCAUUAUGGGGCUCCGAAACAUACUCAAGGUUUGCUGCACCCACGACAUCACAACAAUAAGUAUUCCUCUCUUGCUCGUGCAUGAUAUGUCAGAGGAAAUGACUAUACCAUGGUGCUUAAGAAGAGCAGAACUUGUGUUUAAGUGUGUCAAAGGUUUCAUGAUGGAAAUGGCUUCAUGGGAUGGAGGAAUUUCUAGGACAGUGCAAUUUCUGGUUCCACAGAGUAUUUCUGAAGAAAUGUUUUACCAACUUAGUAACAUGCUUCCCCAGAUCUUCCGUGUAUCAUCAACACUUACUCUGACAUCCAAGCACUAAACCCUUAUGUAUCACCACGCUGGCAGAAGAGGAUUGUUAAACUCGCCAGGAACUUGAGCUCUGCUGGGAUUCUAUCAAGCAAAGAUGCUCAGAAAGAGAACUUGUGACUCAAGCCACAGAUCAAAUUGUGAUAGAUGUCUGUUAAACAUUCCAAAGACUCAUCUACCGUACAGGCUGAUGAUCAGCCCCUGCUGUAAACAUUUAUUGUUAAAGUCUCUCUAAAAAAAAAAAAUGUAUUUCCCUAUUGUCAUAUCCUAUCUGUGAGUACUAGUAGGUUUAAACUUUCUACAGCGGUAUAUCUCAUACAAGGACACUUGAUGUAGGAGAGUGUUUACUGCAUUUUCAUAAAGACAUUUGUCUUUUCCCAAAGGUAUGAAUCAUAUCAGGUACAAGACUUAAUUAAGCAUACAAAUAAAAUCUUUCCUCUAGCUUAUUUGCCAAGCGAAAAUUAAAAGGCACUGAAAUAUACAUU